CAGCCACUCGGUCACCAGAGCUGAACCUGAGCAGAGAUAGCAGCAAGCAGGCACUUCCACGCCGCGCAGGCUAACUCGCUUUCGGCUUUGGUUCGAGAUGGGGAUUCGCAGGACCAUGAAGAGCUCCAGCGCCCACAACUUUAAGAGCGGAUUGUCUCUGUGGCUGAUUCUGUGGCUGGUGGUGGUGAAGCCGAGCGGGGUGACCGCAUGCCCCAGGCUAUGUGUGUGUUACCCUACGCCCAUGACGGUCAGCUGCCAGUCCCAGAACCUCACCAUAGUUCCCGCUGGUGUGCCCUAUGAUUCUCAACGUGUUUUUCUGCAGAACAACCGCAUUACAGAGCUUCGAGCAGACUCUUUUGGAUUUGAAACACAGGUGCUGUGGCUAUAUGGCAACAAUAUCACAUGGAUUGAGGCCGGAGCAUUCAGUAACCUCAGGGUGCUGGAGGAGCUCGAUCUAGGUGACAACCCAUUGCUACGACGUCUUGAAGGUGGAGCUUUCAGGGGGCUGGAGAAGCUGCAGAGCCUGCACAUGCACCGCUGCAAGCUGGCUGCUCUCCCCCAUGACCUCUUCCGCAAGUUGUACAGUCUGCAGUUUCUCUACCUGCAGGAAAAUCAGCUCCACUUUCUGCAGGACGACCUGUUCUCAGACCUGGUCAACCUCAACCAUCUCUUCCUCCAUGGAAAUCGCAUCCGUGCCGUUUCUGAAAACGCAUUCAGGGGCCUGGUCAACCUGGACCGCCUCCUCCUCCAUGACAACCGCAUCAGGCAGGUCAACCGCCGUGCUUUCCGUGACCUGGGCCGCCUGACCAUCCUUUACCUGUUCAAUAACUCCCUGGCUGAGCUGCCAGGCCAGGCAAUGAGAGAUACCCAGGGCAUUCAGUUCCUCCGCCUGAAUGGUAACCCUUGGUCCUGCGGGUGUGAAGCUCGUCCCCUGUGGGAGUGGUUCCGCACGGCCCGCAUCUCCUCCUCUGACCUAAUGUGUUCCUCCCCAUCCCAACGACGUGGCCAGGACCUCAGAUUCCUCCGGGAGUUGGACUUCGCCCUCUGCCCUCUGCCUGACCCUGGCUCUCUGGCCGGAACCACCACAACCACUUUCAGCACCAAGACUCGCUGGUGGUUCUCCAAGAACAAGCCUGUAUCUUCGUCCAAGGCGUUGCACCAGAAGAACUCAGAGACGGGGAAGGCCUUCCCCUUCUCUGCUGGCAAGCCUCAGUACCUCCCCAAAAAUGCGAUAGAAUCCCUCUCCUCCAAGUACGAACUGUCCGAGGAUGAAGUAGCACUGCCCAAGCUUGAACCAGAAGAAUACUGGGCCAACUAUGGCAACGAAGACGCCUCCAUCCGCUGCUUGGACCUAGAAUGCUCAAGCGAUGACAACACAGCAUUCUCUACAUCAUCCUCCUCAGUCAUCACCACAUCCUUUCUGCACCUCCUGACCUUUUCCAUAAUCACAUUCUCCCUCCAUUUACUCUUUGGCUGAACUCCUCUCCCCCUUCACACCCUUUUCCUCCUUUGAACUCCCUACCGGCUCCUUUCCACUCCAACAAAAACCUGGAUCUCAAUUCCUUUCAGCUACAUACCUCCUCGAGUUGCAGGGGGCACUACACUGAUGCAGGACACAGGUGAGGCAGCAGGGAGCUGUUCAUGAAAGAGCAGAGAUCAAGUGAAGCGCACGAAGAGCAGGACAGUAUUUCAGUGUCGAAGUAGCUGCUGCUCACCAGCGUGUUCAAAAUCAAGGCUGAAAACUGACUGAUUGUAAGAGUCAAAUACCUUUAGUAUUGUGAGAUGACUCAGCGGGCAGAUACAAAACAGACAGCUGGGUUUUUUUGAUAUCACAGCUGUGAACGACGCAGGCGUUGUGAUGCGUCUCACAGCUAAUUUCUACAACUCACUCACUCACACUCAUCAUUGUCAUUCACUGAUUGUCAUUCGUUUUCAUCGAGAAUAAGAGUGGUAUGGAACCAGAAUUAAGGGGAAGAGGCUUCACAAAGAAAAGAGACAAAUACCACAAAUGAGGCAUUCAAAGGGAGGAGUGAGAAACAAAUGUGAGAAGAGUGAAUUUAGAUACUCAUGUUACAGUAAGGCAGAAAAGAACGAGGUGAUUAUUAUCUUCCUUCAGAUUGUAAGAGAAUCUUGUGUGAAGAUGCCAGCAAACCACCACCCACUCAUGUACAUACCAGUCACUCACCAUCAUUGUACAUACACUCUUCACCCACUGCUCUGUAUUUCAGCUGUACUCUCUUAGAAAAGGGUAGCUUGUGAUGAUAGAGAGGUGGAUUUUAAAUGGAAGACAAAGACCCCUAAACCUUAACCUUUCAACUUUGUUUCUCUCUCUUAAACACACACAAAAUCUUAAACACGACAAAAGAGCAGAGGAAUGAUGCUCACUACCAAUACCAACGAGGGUUUUUGUCCUGAUUCAGACUGUUGGGUUGUGUAUAUUGAACUUUUUUGUUGUUGUUAUUGUCAUUAAGGAUGUGUGUAAGUGAAAAUGAUCUUUAUGCACUAAAUUUCCACUUUAAUACAUUAGAACCCUCUUUAAACAUUUUCAAGAGAAUGUGAGUGGGUGAAUCGGCCUUUUCAGGUCACAUUUAAUAAAUAAAAUGUAAUCACAAUUUCAGUGACUUGUGUUUUUUUCAUUUGAUAACACCUCAAUGUGUGUUUUUGGAGUGUUUUACUGAGCUUGUGUUCAACACAAUGCCAGCACUGACUGUGAUCUGCAUUAUUCAUUUACGCCACAUGUUCCACCUCUACACAACUGUGAAUCCCUGGACAUACCAUGAAAGAUACAUUGACAUUGUUAGAUUCUGUAUUUUUCAACAUAGAGACUUGUGUUAGCACAGUG